ACGUCGGCUGUCGUGUAUUAGCUCCAACAUGGCGGCCAAGUUCAUUGUCACACUGACGUGCUUCGCUCUCUGCCAAUCCACCCCGGUCCUCUUAAACGGUGUAAUAUACCGUGAGGGUCGCAACUAUCCAAUCGAUGCCGCAAAUUUACCAAAUGUCAUUGACAUACAGUUUCCUCCAGGACAAGGGUUUGCCGAAGUGUAUCCAGGGAACGCAAUCGCCCAAGCCGAAGCUUACGAAAUUCCCGGUAACACUGCUGCCAUUGCUUCGGCGCAUAACGGACAAUAUUUCCCCAUUCCCCCGCCGGCUACUGUAGUAUCGUACCAAAACUUCGAAGCACCACAAGGUAUGGGAUACUUAAUACCAACCUCGGCGCAGUCUUCUGCCGGUGUCCAUGGUAAUCAUGAGUCUGCCACAUCUUCUGCUAUCAACUAUGGGUCUGGUUCGGCAAAAUCCUCUGCACAAAUCCAAGGCACAGGCACAUACGGAGUCACAUCUAACACUAACGUCUACAGCCAAGGAUUUGGUUCUGCAAUGUCAACGGUGAACAACGGUCACGAAUCGACCGUAACAUCCGCUCAAACGCAAGGCAACGGAUUGAGUUCAGCCAAAUCGAAAACACAGAGCGGUCUGGGUACCACCUUAGCAGAAAGUCAAGUGAACGGUGCUCAUGGUUCAGCCACCUCAUCUGUAAAGCAAUCAGGGACCUCGGUCGAUACAUCAGCUAACACCCAAGGCCAUGGGUCGUCAGCGAGCGCUAAUGUCCAAAAGGCGCAAGGAACUGGUUUCACCAAGACAACAAGCAAAAAAGGAGUUAAAUGGCAAUUCGGAACCCUUUAUGGGACACCAUCCAAUGUUGCAAACGUACACGCUCAAAGUCAAUCCGGACCUGGAAUUGCUCAGUCUACAGCUCAAACUAUUGGCCACGGAUCGGUCAACGCAAACGCUAUCGCUAACGGAGCGGGGCAUUCCACCCCGACCGUCAAUAACUACGGACACAGCCCUAUUACUACUUCUGCUAAUGCACAUGGACUUGGAAGCGCCACAUCAAGUGCCACCGAUGGACUUAACUCCGCAAACGCGGUUGCCAGUACUGAUGGUCAUGUAGUCCCAAACACGGUUGCUAAUACUGUGGGACAAAUUCCUUCUUAUUCUCCUAACCAGGGAUAUGGCGUGGUGCAAUGGAUUCCAAAUGUCCACGACGCAGGCUACGUGCAGUCCGUGGCUAACACUCAGGGUUACGGCACCGCUAACUCUGCAGCCAGCUCGCAAGGACCCUAUGGACCCCUGCAGUCAACCGCUGACGUGAACGGUGCUGGUUAUGCGCAUUCCGUUGCCAAUGAUAAAUACGGUUCCGUGAACACCGUUGCCAACUCAGGCCAUGGUUCUGCCAAAUCCUCCGCCAACAUCAAUAACCUAGGAUACGGCUCGGUGAGCUCAAAUGCCAAUGUGAAUGGUGCAGGUUACGCUAACUCAGCUGCGAACAGCAAUGGCUUGGGCUACGGAUCGGCUGUCUCGAACGUUAAUGGUAACGGAUCAAGCAGCUCUAACGUUUUGUCUUAUGGGCCAAACUUUGCUGGAUCUCAGACGAUCGCCAAUGCCCAAUCUUCGGGCUCUGGUCACGCCAUGUCCUCGGCGAGGGCUCAGGGCUUGCAAACCGCCUACAGGGUCGUCAACACGUCCGCUAACACCAACGGCUACGGGUCUGCUAUCGCCAACGCGCAAAGCUUGUGAAUAAGCGACUUGUAAACACUCAGCGAUCACUUCAAGACGACUUAAAUGACAAUCGUUUACUUGUCUUGAUGUUUUUGCAAUCCUUCUUGCAUAUUUAUUAGAAUUUAAUUAAAUUAUUGUCAAUCAUGCCAUGUUUUAGUGUAA